CUGAGGCUGAGGUAUGUGAAGUGUCAUACCUUGCCAUGUCCGAAUGACGCCCAUGGUUUAAGGGGAAAGCUUCACUCCCGCAGCCUCAUCGAACAUGGACAGCGAUGAUGACAACGUAGAGGAGGUCGUGGAAGGUCCACUGGAUGAAGAUGAUCAGCCUCAUGGGUUUUGUACAGUGACCUAUUCAUCCAGUGAUCGCUUUGAAGGACACUUUGUCCAUGGAGAGAAGAAUGGCAAGGGAAAGUUCUUCUUCUUUGAUGGAAGUACAUUGGAGGGGUUCUAUGUAGAUGAUGCCCUGCAGGGCCAGGGGGUGUAUACAUAUGAAGAUGGGGGUGUCCUCCAUGGGACCUAUGUGGAUGGUGAGCUCAACGGGCCUGCGCAAGAGUAUGACGGAGAGGGCCGCCUGGUGUUUCAGGGCCAGUACAAAGACAACAACCGUUGUGGGGAAUGCUGGGUCUACUACCCUGACCGGGGCUGUGUGUUUGGAGAGAUGAACGAGGACGGAGAGAUGACCGGUGACUCGGUAGCGUACAUCUACCCUGAUGGCCACACCGCUCUCUACGGAAACUUUGUGGACGGAGAGCUGAUCGAGGCUCGACUCGCCACCCUGGUCUCCACGGAGAACAGCAGGCCACGCUUUGAAGUCACACCCAACAGCCCUGUGUAUACUUAUGACAAGUCGACUUCGACCUGCAUCGCCACCCACACUCUGCUUCCUGACCCUUAUGAGAGCCAAAGGGUGUUUGUGGCAGACUCUCCGAUCAAAGGAGCAGGUCAGGGUCUGUUUGCCAAGACGGACGCUGAGCCCAACACUGUGAUGGCCUUCUACAAUGGAGUGCGCAUCACACACUCAGAGGUGGACAGCAGAGAUUGGGCACUAAAUGGAAACACCAUCUCACUGGAUGAGGACACAGUGAUUGAUGUGCCACAGCCAUUUGAUCAGAUAGACAGAUACUGCGCCUCUCUGGGACACAAGGCAAACCACUCCUUCACCCCCAACUGCAAAUAUGACCCGUUUGUCCACCCUCGUUUUGGCCCUAUCAAGUGCAUCCGAACCUUGAGAGCUGUGCAGAAAGACGAGGAGUUAACAGUUGCCUACGGUUACGAUCACACGCCAAUGGGGAAGAACGGACCAGAGGCCCCAGAUUGGUACAAGCAGGAGCUGGAGGUGUUCCAGCAGAGACAGGCCAGAGAGAACAAAGAUUAACAUGUCUGGACAAUAAGACACCCCCUACCUGUACUACCCUGUUACAAUAAUCCUGGGGCGGUAAGGCACUUGAUACCCCCUAUAGCUGCAAACUGCCCCAUACCUAUUGGAUAAUAUUCUGCUUCAUAUGGUAUCCAGAUGGGAUGCUGCUUGGGCACCUCGAAUUGAAGGCAGACCGUGGAGAUUGCAGGGCAAUAGCAACACAAAAACUAUGCAAGAAACCAAAAGUUAUUUUAGAAGGCAUGUCUAUGGCUGGGCAAUGCUGUUCUGUCUGUUUUUUUUCUCUUCCUCAUCAUAAUGGAAAUGAAGAUUUCCCUGCUCAUGUUUGGUGCUUAUAAAUCUAGGGUACAAUUAGAAGUUACUGUUAAUUUCACUGUGACUGUAUCCUUACUUGACUGAACGUAACUUCACUUUGAAGCUGUGGCUGCAGUUUACCCAAAAAGGCUCUUCUCAAGGUGUUGAGUUUGAUGGCGCUAGUAUAACAUAUUUGUACAAUACAGUAUUUAUCUUAUCUAUUUGAAUCAUUCAACUCACACCUCAUUUGAACUAAUACUGUUGACCCACUGGAAUCAUUUUACAACUUACAAUCAUGUACACCUUUUUAGGCCCACUGACUGAGCUUAUGACAUUCAUUCAUGACAUUCAUUACUCUUAAAUUUAUUUAGGAUUUCUCAAAUUGUUCAAAUAUUUUCUGAGAUCUGUAGAGGUGCUUUGUAAAUGAAGGGAGUUUGAGAGAAAAGACAUUGUAUUGUUACUAAAAAAAAAAAGAAAAAAAGCAAAUUUAACCCAGUUUUCUAACCUAACCAUUGUAGCUGUGACUGUAUGCUACAAAAUAAAGUCCAAGAUAAAGCAAACCA